CCAAGUUGGCUCUCCGUCUGUAUGUUGCACUUGAGGUGUUUUCACAGCGUAAAAUCUCCACCAUAAACUCCUUUAUACUCUAAAUUUUCCCUUUUCAACUAUAUAAACCAAGCAACCCCAACCAAAUAAUUGCCAAGCCCAAAAAUGGCCCUCUUUUCACCACCGCCGUCCAAGUCUAAGCCUUACCCAUUUUCGCCGCUUCCUCAACCAAUCCAUAGGCCGGCGAGAAGCUUCUUGUCUUCUCAACCAACAAAGAAUGUACAUACCCUAUCAUAUAAGACAACAAAAACAAGCGUACUUAACAAGUGGAAUGGCUAUAGACUGGAAGGAAAAGUUAGAAUUAGCAGAAGAGUAAUGCCAAUUGUGAAUGUAGCGUCAACGUCGGUAUCAGAAAAUGGAAAAGAAUCAAACUUUAACAGAAUUCUGUUUUCUGAUGUUGUGGUUAAGCGGCCUAGGGAUGUACUUUUUGGUAGGCAGUGGAAUUCAGUGGAUUUGGGCUCAGCUGCUGUGGUUGUGGCUAUGCAUUUGCUCAGUCUAUUAGCACCCUUUACCUUCAAUUGGGCUGCUGUUGGAAUUGCAUUUGGCUUAUAUAUAAUCACUGGACUUUUGGGUAUUACUCUUUCUUUUCACAGAAACUUGUCUCAUAGAAGUUUCAAACUUCCCAAAUGGCUAGAAUAUCUUUUUGCCUAUUGUGGUGUCCAAGCACUUCAGGGAAAUCCAAUUGAUUGGGUGAGUACUCAUAGGUACCACCAUCAGUUUUGUGAUUCUGAUAAAGAUCCUCACAGUCCUAUUGAAGGAUUUUGGUUCAGUCAUAUGAGUUGGAUGUUCGAUACUGACACCAUUGUUGAGAGGACAGGAAAGCCCAACAAUGUGGGGGAUUUGGAGAAGCAGCCCUUCUAUCAGUUUGUUCGUGACACUUAUGUUUUCCAUCCUGUUGCACUUGCAGCUCUGUUAUAUGCAAUGGGAGGAUUUCCUUAUAUUGUUUGGGGCAUGGGGGUGAGAAUUGUGUGGGUAUACCACAUAACUUGGCUGGUAAAUUCAGCAUGCCAUGUUU